AUGGAUCAGCAUCAGAAGAUAACGGAGCACUUCUACAAGUACCAGAUGUGGUACUUUGGGAUCCUGGGAGUUUGGAAACUUCCCAUUUGGGCCAGUGACCAGGAGCGUCGCCUCCAAGCCAUGCGAUUUGCCUUCCUCCUGAUUUGCCUCUGCAUUAUGCUGCUGCUGUUUGCCCUGGAGCUGUUGACCAAUAUUUCCGAUGUGCGGGAGAUCCUAAAGGUGUUCUUUAUGUUCGCCACCGAAAUGUCCUGCAUGACCAAACUGAUGCACCUGAAGAUGGAGUGCCAGAAACUGGCAGGUCUCGUUGAGAUGAUGAGGUCCCGGGAGUUUGCCACAAAAAACGAGGAGGAGAAGGAGCUUAUGGAAUCGGCCAGAGUGGUGGUAGUUCUCAUGAGGAACUUUUACGGCGUCAUGUCAUUUUUAACGGCUUCAUUGAUUCUCUUGGUUCCAUGCUUCACCGGCUAUGAGGAGCUCCCGCUGACUAUGUUUGAGGUGUGCAACAUCCAAGGAAGGAUCUGCUACGGACUGCAGUACCUCUUUCACUCGGUCUGCCUGAUGCCCACUUGUUUCCUGAACAUCACCUAUGAUACGGUGGCCUUUUCUUUGCUUCGAUUCCUAAAGCUGCAGCUUCAGAUGCUGGAGUUGCGGCUGGAAAAGUUGGGUUCAGCUUCCAACUCCGAGGAGAACGAGAGAAUCUCAAGGGAAUUGCGGGAGUGUGCCGAUUAUUACAAUAGCAUUGUGGAGUAUAAAAAUCUAGUGGAGCUCUUCAUCCAAGUGCCGGGCUCCGUGCAGCUCAUGUGCUCCGUUCUCGUCCUGGUUUCCAAUCUUUUUGGCCUCUCAACCAUGUCCGUGGCCAACGGUGACACCAUCCAAAUGGCCAAGAUCUGUAUUUACCAACUUGUGAUGGUCUGGCAGAUUUUCAUCAUUUGUUAUGCCUCCAACGAGGUGACCUUGCACAGUUCUAGGCUCUGCAACGCCGUCUACAGGUCUCAGUGGACGGGAUGGAACCGAGAGAACCGCCGGAUGAUCCUGCUCAUGAUGCAGCGCUUCAAUUUGCCUCUACAGUUGCGCACCUUUAAUCCCACCUUCACCUUCAGCCUUGAGGCCUUUGGCUCUAUUGUUAACUGCUCAUACAGCUAUUUCGCUCUACUAAAGCGAGUCAACAGUUAA